GACCGUAACAAAAAUCUCAUGAAAUCACGCACACACGUAAAUGACAGUAUGUACGCAACGAAUGGAUUAUAGAUUUUUAUGCUCAAACUCUUCGCAUGAUGCUACCCGACGAGUGCUGUUCAUGUAGGCUCGAGACAACCAUCUAAAAAAAUGCAGCAAUGACUAUGUAUUGAAGCACCUGCGCCAAGGUGACACGAAAUUUGCUCCGGCGACAACUGCUCAGGGCUUAAUUUACUUUACCUUUACCCGAAAUUCUGGAAGAGUGCUGUGGAUCCCAGCAGUCGGGCUUCCAGUUCUGUGCCAUUUUCAUUCAUCUCAAUGAUUUGUGUGGUGACUGCUCAGUGUCAUUUUGGCUCAGAUUUGGCUCUUCUAUAAGGGGUUUCCUACUCGAUGCAGAACCGCUGGUCUGCCCACAUCUUGUCCAGUCUGAUCUUGAUGAAAGUUACCUGGUUCGGUGAUCUCCUUGCCAUACCUGAACAAUAGCACCAUGACCGACCACGAAUGCGAUGACGACGGUAACCUUGAAAUAAAGCUCAGCAGGCCACCAAAUGACAGUGAAGACGAUACCACUGUUGUUGGUUUAGGAGCGAGAGUAUAUGCAUUGACCGUCCUGACAGUACUUACAAUUACAAGGAGUAUCCAAGAAUACCUCCUCAUCGUCACAAUAUCUGGAAUGGCAGAUGAGUUGAAAUUCGGGAAAACACAAUGUCAGGUGAUCAACGAAACAGCAUCACGUGACUACCUUCGUGAUCUCAACAUGACCGGGGAAGAAUUGUGCUCGGAACAAGGGAGAUGCUCUGAAAACAGCACAUUUUUCUUGCCUGAUGUGUGUGGAAUUCGAUACACAGGACGAGGUACAACUUAUGACGUAUUAGCCGGACCAAUCUAUCUCACCGUUCAGGGUAUUGUCACGGUGCCACUCAUAGGCUUGGUUCAAGGCUUUUCCAUGAGCCAGCCCAUAUCAAUUUCGAUGUUUACUAUGCUUUCGACACUUUUCAUCCUGCUGACAGCCUUCGUCCACGACUACUGGGCAGUGGUCUUACUCCGGUUUCUUUUUGGCAUAUUCUCUGGUCCCAUCGGUCCGCUUAAAUUGGCUUACCUCACUCGAAUAUUCCCGAAGGAAGUUCACACCAUUGUCUUGGGGUUGGCAACCUACGGCGUAACCUUAGGUUACGGCGCCACUCUCCUAUUCGCCUAUGUGACAGAAAGCAUCGGCUGGAGAUUAUGUUAUGUAACCACUGGAUCAGCAGGCAUAGUCCUAGCCAUACUCUGCUUUUUUAUGGCUGAUCCAAAAAGACCAGACUCCCAUGGCAAGAAACAAUACGUUAACUCGUCGUUUCGGUGGAAUCACUCCAGUUUACGUCAAAUAGCAUGGCCGUGCCUGAUAUGCAUACUCCUGGCCAGCAUCGGACGUUUGUCAGCAACUCGCAUCAGCUCAUACAAUCUUCCAGUCUACCUGACAGAAUAUUUUCCAGAAUCUGAUUCCGCUGCUGCCAUAGGUUUAAUCACCAUUGUCUUAGGCGCGGUUGCCACAAUCGUCGGAGGCUGGACGGGUGAUCGAAUGCGGAAAGUUUUUGGUUUACGUGCGAGGCUUGGCUUCUGUCUUUUUCUGCAGGUCGUCAUGGUGACGUUUUGGGCGGCGAUGUACCAAUGUUCCUUUAUAGCUCUGCUGAUCCUACUAAGUCUCACUCUAUUCGUUGGUGAUUGGAUUUCAAUCCUUAUUCUGGCUAUCGUCUCCGAUCUGACGCCAGUCGACUCCAAGGCCCUCAUCUUCGCCAUUAACUCCUUCCUGAGCCAUUCUUUAAUCGGACCUGUCAAUUUGGUCGUUACCCCAGUCGCCACCGCGACAGGUCUUCGAACAGCGCUCACAUUACUGAUUGGCUUGUUUGCAGGUUCCAGCGUCUUCUUUUUCUUCAUCCCCUUGGCAUGUUCACUUGUCCCAGGGAUGAAACAGAGACAUCAUGAGGCAGAGCGAGUCGAAGAACAAGGAGACGUCAUAGUCAGGGGGAUGGACGAAACAACUCCUCUGUUAUGACCGAAAUUAAAGGGUCGUGAUAAUGCUAAAAAAAACUAUUGAAUUAUUGUGACAAUCAUCUAAAAAGUUUACUUUCCCUGCUCUUUCUAUGUGCUUUUUUAAAUUGUAUAAUCUGUACAAUAUUCAUGUUCAAUAUAACUUCUUAACUAUGUGUGAUAGGGGAAAUUAAUAUUUUCUCCUCGGGGAAGUUAUCUUAGUUUGGUUCAUACAAAAAUUACAUCUAAAACCAUUCGCAAUUUAUGGGUGCAUUGAGUUACGGUACAUUCAUUCCAUUUUUAUUUCAUUUUAUCUAUUCUUUAACUAAAUUUAAUUGAUAUUCAUUUGGAAUUUAUUCAGCCGUGAACAUGUUUUUUAAUAUCUAUUCGUGUUUUCUAUCGUUUUAAUUUGUUGUUGUUUGGCAUCAUUGAGAA